AUGACUAUAACUCAAAAAGAAAACAACAACAACACAAUAUGGGAUCCAAAGGAUCAUAUCCCAGACGCAGUAACUGAUUUCCUAUUGUCUGCAUUUUCUACUGCAAACAAGAAUUCACCAUUACCCUUCUUCACAUUAGUUCAACAAUUGAAACUACAAAAGAGAACAGGCUGGUUAGAUUUCCAAAUCAUCCCAUGUGAAAGCAUAGCUGAUCACAUGUAUAGAAUGAGUUUAAUGACUAUGAUCAUUAAGGAUCCCCUGGUGAAUCGUGAUAGAUGUGUGAAAAUCGCAUUGAUUCAUGAUAUUGCUGAAUCUUUAGUUGGUGAUAUUACUCCCAUUGAUCCGUUUGUUAAUAAGGUAGAGAAACAUAGAAGAGAAUUGGCUACUAUUGAACACCUUUGUAAGGAAUUAAUUAGUCCGUAUAACGAGAAGGCUGGUAAUGAGAUUAUGGAAUAUUGGUUGGAGUAUGAAGAAGUUAGAACUUUGGAAGGAAGAUACGUUAAAGAUAUCGAUAAGUUUGAAAUGUUAUUACAAUGCUUUGAAUUUGAGAAACAAUAUAAUGGUGAGAAAAACUUGCAAGAAUUUUUCACUGCUGUAGAUCUCAUUAAAACAGAAGAGGUUAAGAGUUGGACUGAUGAUUUGGUUAAACAAAGAAAUCAGUUUUUCGCAAAUGUGUCAAAAAGAUCCUGA